AUGAAUCCCGAGAAUAUCAACAACUUCAACAACUUCAACUACACCACCAACACCAUCAAUGGGGAGUAUUGCUAUUCCUGCCAGCAUUACCUACCUGCAGAGUUCACUAAACGAAACCCUCACAUAAGUUUAAAUGUGUUCGGGUAUGAUGAGGAAUCUGAUAAAAUAAUUGGACCACUUUACUGCGAUGGAGUGGAAAUGAGAAUCCACAUUAAUUUAUUAUUCGUCGACGGACCAACGGCGGGUAUUCAUGGACACUAUGUGUGGAUUAAAAAUAUUUCAUCUCUACUUGCCAAACAACUGGGUAAACAUCGAGUUAAGCGUUGGUUCUGUAAUCAAUGCUUACAAUACUCGACGAGUGAGGAGAGGGCGGCUCAACAUACAUUGAGAUGUAGUCGGGUGGUUACCGAGGGACCAAGAAAGGAUCAGAAGAUCACCUUUAAAAAUCAUCACCGUCAGUUGGAGGUUCCGUUCGUCGUGUAUGCAGACUUUGAAUGUAUAUUGGAACCAGUAUCAUUAGAUGAAAGCAAGAACGUUCUAGUAUGCAGUUGUUUAGGUCUAGAGGCAUGA